CCCGCCGCGCUCCGGGUCCCCACCGCACUGGCGCGCAGAUGGGGGUCCUGCUGCCAUACCCCGCUGCCCGCUGCAGCCCCGUCCGUGCGCGAGGGUCCUUCCGCAGCCCGGGCCCGGUCGCCUGACCCAGGUCGCCAUCACGACCUCUACGGGGGAACUCUGGGCACGCUGACCAUGGCCCUGAUGCCCGGGCACCCCGAGCGUCAGGGCUCAGAGCCCCUCAGCAGAGGCCGGUGCAGCGCGGUGCGCGCCCGGCAUGUCAUCAUCAACGUGGGCGGCUGCAGGGUGCGCCUAGCCUGGGCCGCGCUCCAGCGCUGUCCCCUCGCGCGCCUCGAGCGCCUGCGGGCCUGCCGCGGCCACGACGAGCUGCUUAGUGUGUGCGAUGACUACGACGUGAGCCGUGAUGAGUUCUUCUUCGACCGCAGCCCGUGCGCUUUCCGCGCCAUCGCGGCGCUGCUGCGCGCUGGCAAGCUGCGGCUGCUGCGCGGCCCAUGCGCGCUGGCCUUCCGCGACGAGCUGGCCUACUGGGGCAUCGACGAGGCACGUCUGGAGCGCUGCUGCCUGCGCCGCCUGCGCCGCCGCGAGGAAGAGGCGGCUGAGGCGCGUGCGGUGCCGGAAGGGCGCGUGGCUCCAGGGAGCCCGGCCUGCGCCCUGGGGAGCCGCGUCCUGGGCCCGGGCAGGCGGCUGGAGAGGGGCCGGCGGUGCCUGCACGACGUGGUGGACAACCCGCACUCAGGGCUGGCCGGCAAGCUCUUUGCCUGCAUCUCUGUGGCCUUCGUGGCAGUCACAGCCGUGGGCCUCUGCCUGAGCACCAUGCCAGACAUCCGUGCUGAGGAGGAACGGGGCGAGUGCUCCCACAAGUGCCGCAGUCUCUUCGUUCUGGAGACGGUGUGCGUGGCCUGGUUCUCCUUUGAGUUCCUGCUGCGGUCCCUGCAGGCCGAGAGCAAGUGCGCCUUUCUGAGGACGCCGCUCAACAUCAUCGACAUCGUGGCUAUCCUGCCCUUCUACGUGUCGCUCCUCGUGGGCCUGGCAGCGGGCGGCCCGGGAGGCACCAAGCUACUGGAGCGCGCGGGUCUGGUGCUGCGGCUGCUGCGUGCACUGCGCGUGCUCUACGUGAUGCGCCUGGCGCGCCACUCGCUGGGACUGCGCUCACUCGGCUUGACAGUGCGCCGCUGCGCGCGCGAGCUCGGGCUGCUGCUGCUCUUUCUCUGCGUGGCUAUGGCACUCUUCGCGCCGCUCGUGCACCUGGCUGAGCGCGAGCUGGGCGCGCGCCGCGACUUCUCCAGCGUGCCUGCCAGCUACUGGUGGGCCGUCAUCUCCAUGACCACCGUGGGCUACGGCGACAUGGUCCCGCGAAGCCUGCCCGGGCAGGUGGUGGCGCUCAGCAGCAUCCUCAGCGGCAUCCUGCUCAUGGCUUUCCCUGUCACCUCCAUUUUCCACACCUUUUCUCGCUCCUACUCCGAGCUCAAGGAGCAGCAGCAGCGCGCCUCUAGCCCUGAGCCAGCCCUGCGCGAGGACAGCACGCACUCAGCCACGGUCACGGAGGACAGCUCUCAGGGCCCCGAGGGCACCGACCUGGCGCCGUCACCCUCCCCGCGCGCUACGCAAGGGGGCGCCUGGCCCGCAAGCGCGGAGCGAUCCCUGGGAAGUCACCAGCCUUUGUCCUCCUCCAUUUCCUUCCGAUUUUAAGUUUUCUACCGCUAGCUAUAUAUACAUUUAAGUCCUAUGAAUUCCGAGCCUGUAACCAAUGCGACCUCCACGCGUGCCCCAGGCCUCACCCUGCCACCUCAACCUGCAGCCGGAGCAGCCCUGAGAGAGAAUUGGAAGACACACAGCCCUUCUAGCCUCUGCCCAGCCGCCCAGAAGGUGAGGGGACAGAGGCUUGACGCUGUUCACAGCCCUUCACUCCGUUUUGCUGAGUGCUCUGACCCUGAGAACGUGACAAGGGCUUCCUGACACAAUCACCCCCGAUGAUGAGCUGGAGGUUUGUGUGUGGCAUUUUAACUCUUCUCCUGCCUCUGUGGGGCCAUGUCUCACCCCUUCUGGAUGGCCACCCCCGAACAUCCUAAGACUCCCACGGAAUAAAGAGCCCCUCAGUUCUCCAGCCAUGGGCGGCUGCGGCAGGAAGGGGUCCCAGGAGAUGGAUCCUCAAACCGCAGCUCCAGGGACAGAGCUCUCCAAACCCAGGUGCUCCAUAUUUUUCAUUUCUUUUUUUCUUUCGUUUUGAGAAAGAGUCUCACUUUGUUACCAUCAGUAGAGUGCUGUAGCCACAGCUCACAGCAACCUCAAACUCUUGGACUUAAGCCAUUCUCUUGCCUCAGGCUCCCAAGUAGCUGGGACUACAGGCACUGGCUAUUUUUAGAGACGAGGUCUGGCUCUGGCUCAAACUGGUCUCGAACUGGUGAGCUACAGCAAUCCACCCAUCUUGGCCUCCUAGAAUUACAGGGAUCAAUGAAUACCUAGAACAGCUCAGCCACAGACCCCUGCAAAAGAGAACCUGCACCUCCCAGAGAGUCCCCCUGUUCAGUUACAUGGAACUUGUACAGGGACCUGGAGCAGGGCAGGGGCCAGGAGAAGAGGAGGUGGGACGCAGAGGCAGACAUUUCCGGUUUCCACUGGAAUGGAAUAAAUGCACCAGCCUGUCCUGCACAGCUGUUGGUUAAGUUCCUCUCAGGGCAUUGCCUGUGCUCUGCAGGGUCUGCCAGGGUCCUAGGGCCAGAAAGGGGGUUUCCUGUGAUCAUGGGGAAGUCAGCUGGUAUAUAUGGCAGGAAAAUCCAGGAUAAGGCACCUGACUGCAAUAAUGUCCCUGCACUUAGCCUGGUUGUGCAAAGCAUACUCCAUAGCUGCAAGCCCCUUUCCCACAUCUGUGCCUGAGCAGUAAGUCCAGCUAUAUACGUGUCCCCUGACUUCCACACGCACCUGGGCUGGCAGGGCAGGCCACCUCAACACACCCUCACUUCCCACCUCCUUUUUCUCCUCUUGCCCGGUGUUGGCACACACAGGAGCACCUGGGCUCCACCACAAGUUUGUCAGGCUCUGAGAUGCAAGGAAUCUUUCAAAUAACAUGGCCUAGCCAGUGAUGACUAAGAAGUGUUCCUCCAGAAUCAGACUGAGCAGAGCACAGGGGAGGUCUCUCUCCCAGGUGUCUGCUUCCCUGGGGCUCCACUCUUUCAUGGAUUCUUACAUCAGCUUGCUAGGGCAGAAAGAACCCCCUGGUUUCACAUGGGAAAACUGAGCUGUCCACAGUGGACCAGGUCAAAUGUGGCACCUGGCCUGCCCCUUCCUGAGGUACGCUCUGCCCCAGCAGAGCUGCCGGUGUGAAGACCUGUUCCCAUUUGCUGCAUCACUUCCUCUCCUGCCAGACCCCACAUCCCAGGCCAGAAGGGAUCUGUAAGGGACACAGGCAGUGAGUGCUCAGUGUGAGCUCUAAUACCUUCCUCCAAGGCAGAGGUGGCAGCCAGACAGCAUCUGAGAGAAGCUUGGGCUCAGCCCUGACCCCUGCCCAGGUCAGCUGAUGCCCAGGCGGUGAGACCUGGGACCUCACACACCAUGGGCUGCCCUCACACAAAGAUAGCUAUGGAGAAACAGGAGUCAUAUCUGGCAGGCAGGUGGGGUAGGAAUCGGAAGAAG